AUGCCGCUCAAACCCGCCAUUUCGGCACUUGCACGAAACACCAUCAAGUCGGCCCAUGAUGAGCUUGAUCGCAUAAUCAGCCCAGGCGAAAAGCGCGACUUUGCUGAAACAACACUUCGGGAUGUCCAAAAUGCUGCUCUCAAGCUCGAGGAUCAACUGGCUGCUCGGCAAUCCCUUCGGAAUAUGCGACGUCUGAUGCCACUCUUUCGGGGUCUUGAACACUAUUCCAAAGUCGCUGAGAUAUUGUGUAAUGGAACCCCAUUCAUGCCUUGGAUCUGGGCGCCUAUCACACUUAUCCUAAGAGUGGCUUCGGAAUAUGUCGAAGCUUUCGAGACUAUCAUCAAAGGCUACGCGAGCAUUGCUGAACCACUGAAGCGGUUUGGGAUUCUCAGUAAUGCCUUCAUCGAUGAGCCAGGCUUCCAGCAGACACUCGCCGUAUUUUACGCCGACAUCCUUACAUUCCACAAGUAUGCUUACAAAUUCGUUCACCGCAAUGGCUGGGCAUUGAUGUUCUCUACAUCUUGGGGCCGUUUCCAGAGGCGCUUCGAUAACAUCAUCGAAGAUUUAAACAAACAUGGUGCUCUCAUCGAUCUUGAAGCGAAUGCUCGUGAUAUAGCAGAGGCCAAAGCGAUGCGUGAGAACAUCCAAAGGUGGAAAGAAGAAAGUGAGGAUCGUGUUCGCCAACAAGACAGAGAACAGAAUGCCAAGCAAUACGAGUCCAUCGUCUCUUGGCUCAAGACCAACGAAACCGAUCAGCUGGCCAUCAUCGAUUCAAUCUCGUCCGAUGCAACGGAAUAUCAGGGGACCUGUUCAUGGAUACUUAAGAACAGAAAGAUCACCUCUUGGGCGGACGAAAAGCCAGACACACCAGCCCUCUGGCUUAAGGGUUCAGCUGGGUCCGGAAAAAGCGUCUUAUGCACACAGCUCGUCAAUUUCUUGAAAGGGACAAAAGCCGUGGCGUAUCACUUUUGUUCCUACCUGUAUGACUCUUCGACAACGUUUGAUCAGGUCCUGAAAUCACUCAUUCUGCAAAUCAUUCGGAAGGAUGGUGACCUGGUCUCUUAUGUCUUUACACAUUAUAUCCUAGAAAGGAAAUCCUCGACAAGCGCGACGCUGGAACGGCUCCUACAAAAGCUUUUAGCAAGCAUGUCCAACUUAACUAAUCAGGAGUCGUAUAUCUGGCUUGUCAUAGAUGGCCUCGACGAAUGCGAAAAAGACAGGCAAGUGCGCUUGGUGCGACUUUUGAACCAGCUCAUUUCCAAGCCAGUGGUACCAGGAAGCACUACCUGCAAGGUAUUAGUUGCAAGCCGCGGCCCUUCAGAAGCAUUGGAAAAAUUGAAGAGAAAACAAAUAAUUUCCCUUGCCGAAGAAAAAGGCUCACUGGAUAGAGCCAUUUGGCAAUAUGUUGGUCUAAGGCUUGAGACGAUGCGCCCGAAACUUCGACAAAUUGAUGUACAACAUUCUGAAGUUGAAGAGAUCCAGAGUACCAUUGUAAAGAAAGCUGAUGGAAUGUUUCUCUACGCCCGGCUUGUCGUUGACUAUCUGGCCAGUAACGUCUUUUACAGCGGCGAUGAGAUGAAGGAAUCGGUAAAUACAUUGCCACAAAAGCUGACUGAAUUCUACCAGAGAAUUUUGACACAGAUUUUGGUUCAGCUAGACUCUCGGUCGGUCGAUCGCAUUCGAUGCGUACUAGGCUGGAUUGCAUUUGCAAAACGCCCAUUGAAGAAGGUCGAACUCUUGUCCGCUAUAACCUUCAGCUCUGGCGAUUCCCAAGUCUCGCGCUUAGUACCCCAGUACAUCCUUGACAUUUGCGGAACACUGAUUGAAGAAAGUCGAGACACAACAGUCGCCUUCAUUCACAACUCAGUAAAGGAGUUCUUACAGACAGCGUCGACGAAAGUUGUUAUCACGCGAGACCAAGCAGUUCAAGAGCAUGGAGUAGCUUCUAUCACCUGUCUCCUCUCUGGGCUUCGCAUCUUUCGCUCCCAAGAGUCGGGGCAGAACAAGGCUCUCUGCGUCAUAAAGGGGCUAUACGGAUUUCUCGUUUAUGCUGCCGAGUUCUGGACCGAGUAUCUAAUGAGCUAUGAGCCUUCCCAGGUUUUAAGCCUUGAAGGCUCACUGGACCCGUUCAUUCGUCUAGCUUGUCAACUGGCGGAAGAAUUGGGAAACCUGGACCCAGCAAAAUUGGAAGAGAGUACCAAUGGAGAUUUGGUAGACAAACGCCUAGCGAAACUGCAGAAGUAUGGAGUACUAUGGAAACACGUCGAACGUGCUCUUAAGGCACGAUCGGCAAAGAAUCUCGAGGCAAGAAUAUUACAGACUGAAGUUCAGGGCGACAAAAUUCGGCAGCAUUCCAAGUCACUGCCACUCUCUGAUCCAAUCAGUGAUUUGCUUACUUCGUACCAAGAAGUUGUCAGAUUAUUAAUUGGACAGACAUAUCACGCAGAUCUAUCAGCCAGUGAGCUAGAGUACUUCAGAGCUCACCUAGGUACUAGCGCUUUCACGUGUCAUCUGACUGCGUGUACGAGGGCGACGAUUGGGUUUGAUACCGAAAAGAUGCUCAGAGAACAUGAACGAUCCCACGUCAAUUGGUUGCGAUGUACCGCCCCAGGGUGUCAAUACCCGCCUCGGUUCUCACCUCGUACGCUGAAGGUCCAUAUGAACAAGCACCAUCCUUCACCUGACACUCUGAAGCCUAUACGGAAAUCCGUAUCUAUGGAUGUUUGGCUGCCAAUAUCUGGACCCGACGCUGACUCUUACGCUUUCAUUCAUGAUGAUGACGAACUUAUACUGGAGAGUAUGGAUUACCCACCAGACGUGCCCGAACCCUCUUUUCGACCUCCCCAAAGGCAAGUUGACUCCCGUCAAAUGCCUGCUGAACAGAUGGCACGCAACAUUGCCGUCGCGCAACAAAUGCUGAUUGCUAAUGGUAUCAACCCCUAUUCGCUACACCCUGCGACAUUGGAAAGUUUUGCCAAAGCUCCGCCCUCCGCCCAGCAAAAAGCCAUGGUAGUCCUUGCGAAGGGCUUGGAGGGGACCGAGACUACUUGA